GUCGAAUCUUUUGUUCGCACGCGACAAUGGAUCGCUUCUCGAUCGUCGUUCUUUUGUGCCUUUACCCUUCCUUCAAACUCGUCAGUGGUCAGACCACGGCGCAACCUAUCUGCACGGAGAUAGGUGCUUUUGAGAUCUACGACGGGACAUGCAAGAAUUACUAUAUUUGUGUGGACGACGGCGAGGAACUCAAUCCGGUGAUAUUGUCGUGCGCCAGUUCUGCCAUAUUCGAUUAUCUUCAGGGUAAAUGCGUAUCUGAGAGCACGGCUACGUGUCAGCAAACGACGACAAUGGCACCAUCGACCACGUCGGCACCACUCUGCCUUAGAUACGGCAGAUUCCCGAUACCGGACGUGGAAUGUAAGAAAUAUUACCUGUGCUACUGGGACGGUAUCAGUUACACGAUAAUGGGUAACCUCACGUGCCCGAAUACGUUGAUAUUUAAUCCGUUAUCGGAAAAAUGUGUAUCGCCACAGACGUACCAAUGUCCAGGAACGGUCGCAUAGGAAUAAUGGAACGUAAUCGUCAUAUCGCAUAUGCACAUUUACAGUCUAUAAAAUAUUUGUGUAACGCUACAAAACUAUCAUCUAUCUAUAUAUCUAUAUAUCUCUUAAGAUAACUGAUGGAAGAUGAUAAAAGGUGUGUCAAGUAUGUAAAAAGUGCUAUGUCAAUUAAUAAACUUUCAAUAAAUCGAGGGAUUAAAGAAGAGAAAAGCGCGAAUGUAAUUACUCAUGAUUAUAAAUCAUAAACGCAUUUCCGACAUGAGAUGGAAAUUAUAGGCUGAUAGAAAAUGAAUAAGGCGCUCUGUGAAUACCGCGCGCUUAACAGUUAUGUUUAUUAUCCGGCGGAUUAUUUUCAACUUAAUGGAAACAAUAAAAGUACGUAACAAUUCCUCGUUAGUACGAUCGAUUAAAGAUGCGAUUCGGCCAAUGCGAUUGCGAUUGCCAAUGCCAAUGCCGGUGUUCACGAUUAAUUGUUUUCAAGCGUUAUAAACGCGCAUGCUAUAAUUGUUCGUACGAUAAUCGGACGUUAACAACUUUAAAAAGAUUAUUAAACGCUGUAAAUAUCAGCUUCUCGCGAACAUAUUAAAUAGUGUUGCGAAAACAAGUAAAUCAGUAAGAAUUAUACCAAUAUACCGAACAAUAAAUUUUUAUUUUACAGUAAAA